GGUAGUACAGUACUUUCCUUACGUGUAAUAGGUAUGACGUACGACACACUGACACCUUAACUGUUAAUCGGUAUGAUUUUCCUACCGUACUCCUACCGAGUGAUGUCAAAAACUAAAAACUACUACGGACUCUGUUCGAUAGCAACGAUUAGUUCAAUACGAUACAGUAGGGUACGUACAUGAAUGUASCGGUAGCGUAAGCCGAAAACAACCAUCAGUCAACCAAAAAACGCAACACACCUUACUCAUCAGGUGGAUCGUGCACAAGGUCAGAAACACAUCCUUGWCUUCUUUGGUGUCAAGGCAUCGAUAACCCCACUUCGUUACCGGUUCCAUUAUUUCGAUAGUUCAUCACCAAMCAAUAMCAGAGCAUACUGCACGUAGGCGACAUUAUCAACGAGAAACAAAAAGACCAUUUUGCCAAUCCCCAAGAUGAUCACACCCGGAAUCCAAUCAUUCUUCCUUUGCUCGUGGGCGGUGCUGCUGUUGUUUUCGACCCGGUCCGAGGGUUUCCUUCCGACGGGAACCCCGCGAAAGAACUCUGUGUCGUCGCCCUUUCUGCCAACGMACGGAAGCCUUCCGGGGUGUUCCGUGGCRACCAAAUCGACGUCGACGGAGCUCCAAAACCUGUUUGGGAAUCUUUUCGGACAGCAAUCCAAGCAGGAGGGCGGUGGCGAURCGGAAUCCGCCGGGAGCAGCGCUCCCCAGCCGGUCGUGGAAAUCAUGGACAUCCCCGCCAGGGUCAUCAAGAUCAAACCCCUGAAAUUCUACCUGCAGCUGUUUCUGGUGAGCCAACAAAACACCCCCUUCAAGGGAGCCUGGCUGCUGAAUGCCAACGAGGAGGUCGAGGAGUACCUCGAGGUGUAUUUCAGCGACGGGACGGGGAUGGUCUCGGUCCAGUUCGACGACCUGUACGGCCUCAAGAUCCAGCGCAAGGGCCAGCGGCCCUCCCUCCAGUACWUGCUGCAGGAAAGCAUACUGCUGCACGCCCUCCUGGACGAGCUGGAGGCGAUCGCCUUUGGGCAGGGGGACGACGACGGGGAGGCCGUGGACGAGGAGAAACGGCUGCUGCAGUUCGCCGAGGGAAACAAGGACGUCCUCUCCAGGGCGCGGGAGGCGYUGCCGGCCCGGGCCGCCUAGGGCUUUGUGUGGCCCUGUKCUCUACUGAUUUUUCAUGCAAUUCAUCCAAAGCAAUCCAAUCCUUGCUAUGAUUUGCAUGGCAYUAUAACUCAAMAUAAAAAUAGACAGCACAGCACUUU